AGUUUUUAACACAGAUCUCUUUCUACGUUCAAUCGCAAAUCAUGAAUUCAUCAUCUCCCAUAUCGAUUGAUCUCAUCCAGGAGAUAUUGUCGAGAUUGCCUUUAAAGUCAGUCGCUAGGUUUCAUUGCGUGUCGAAGCUAUGGGCGUCAGUGCUAGAUAGUCCAUAUUUCAAAGAGUUGUUCUUGACCAGGUCCUCGGCUAAGCCGCGCCUCUUAUUCGCCACCAUAGAAGACGGUGUGUGGAGGUUCUUCUCAUUGCCUCAGCUUCAGAAUCCAUAUGAGAAGUCGUCGUCUCUUGUACCAGCCGCCGAAUUUCAUGUGAAGUUCCCUCCAAACAAUAUGCGGAUCGGUCAUAAUAAAGACCAACGAUAUUUUCAAUAUGGUUACGCUUCUGGUUUGAUCUAUUUAAAUGGUGAUUCGGACGACGAUAGACCUGUGAUAUGUAACCCCAACACAGGAGAGUAUGCAAUCUUACCUUAUCUAAAACGUUACAGAAAAACGUAUAGCUUUUUGGUGUUUGAACCGAUUGACAAGCAAUUCAAGGUACUGUUCAUGGCUUAUCAAUCUGGUUGCGAUCAUAAUCAUAAAAUUCUUACCGUAGGAACUGGAAAUAUGAAGUGGAGAACCAUAAAAUUUUCCUUGGGGCAUGAAAUUGCGAGUGAAGGGAUAACCAUCAAUGGGGUCUAGUAUUACUUAGGUGACACGAGCUUUUGGCUUAAUCAUGAUCAUGAUGUAGAGUCUGAUUAUGUGAUAGUUUGCUUUGAUAUUAGGUCUGAAACAUUCACUUUUUUUGAGAUAGAAGGGUUUUGUAGAUUGAUAAAUUAUAAGGGUAAAUUAGCUGUGAUUUAUUUCGAGGAUGAUGUCGACUAUCAAUCGUUUGGUUAUCGUAAGAAGAAUUAUGUCGAAGCUGAUGCCAUUAAUGAUUUGCAUGUGUGGGUUCUGGAGGAUAUGGAGAAACAGGAAUGGUCGGAAUAUGCCUACACUUGGACCGAUGAUAUAUUCUUCCGUCGUCGUCACGUUUCCGUUGCUCCAGCCACUGCUUUCGGUGAAAUAGUUUUUUCGAUGUGUGAGUAUACUCCUGGACAACCGUUUUAUGUUUUCUACUUCAAUCCCGAAAAGAACACUCUCCAACGUGUUGAAAUCCAAGGUUUUGGUGAAGCCUUUUGUAGCGUUUACACCUUUGUAGACCACGUAGAAGAUCUUAAUGUUAACGAUUUAAAAAUACUCAAGCCAUUCAAUGCUCCAUUUGUGAAGAAAAAAGAAUCAGAAUCAGAUUAUUCAAAUUUAGAUUAUUCAGAUUCAGAAUGAGAUUGAGAAGGGAUAAGGAGAAGAAGAUAGAGACGAUGAUUGGAGUUAGGUGAAAGCAAUGGGCAUGUGAUUUUGUGCUCUUUUGAUAUGUACCCUUUUCAUUUUUAAUGAAGUAAGUUUUUGAUUUCAAAUUAAGUGUUCGUCACUAAAAUCGACGCUUGGAAAUUCAAUAUUUGAUUCGUUUCCGAUAUGUGAGGAUUAGUUAUCUCCUUGCUAAUGUUGAUCUCGAUAUUCACAAGUAUCCGAUAGUGUUUGAUCAUGGCGGAUCAUAAAAUAGCUCGUGCAUGAGCUGCUGCUUUUUUGAAGCUCUUAUUAUUUUUCAAAUUGGCAGGUCACAUGAAGUGAGAUCAUUAUAUCCAAAGUUGUAUAAGGUUGCGAAAUCGUUUUCUCUCGUCUUGCAGUGAUUUCUCUGUCUAUAUAUGAGCUUGAAGAGCAUGGUCGUUGGAAUGGAGUGUUGAUUAUGGACCACAUUGAUCCUCUGCUUCCGUAAAUGGUAGAUUGAUGCAUGAGUGACAUUUUUUCUUAGUAUAGAAGGUCUUUAAUGCAAACAAGUGGACGUCAAUCAGUUUCUUCUCUGCGAGGUCUUAAUUAGGACAUUCCAUAUGUCUUUGAGGAAGAAAAGGCAUUACACGUAAUAGAAUUAACAACCCAACUCUACUCAUCUUGAUUUGCAGAGCUGUUUAAUUUGGGACGCUAACUGUAGUUAAGUAAGCUAAAGGAAUCCUUUACCUUAGACUUAAGAGGAAUCCUCAAUUGUCUAGGCACACCAGAAACUAGUAAAAAAAAUGAAAAUUAUGCCAGAGUGCCCGGAGAAAAGCAUUUUAUAUGAGAAUAAAAGCCAAAUGAAGCUCAGACAAACACUACAAGAAAACAUAGCGAGUGAACCAAGACAAGUUGAGUUUAUGAUAUUUUCACCAUUUGCAUUAUAACAAAGUUCAGUGAAAAAUCCUAACCAAGACAAGGGAUUUUAAUUUAGAUUUGGGAGCUGUAGUCAGAGAACAUAACACGUAAGAAAGAUAGGUUACGGAAUAAGGGUAGUGGUUCACAUCUUAAACAGUCAUAGAUGAAC